AAAACGUGACUGGACGUCAUGUGGCAGGCGGAGAGCUCUGAUUGGUCAGUUUCUCUGUUAUUGUGCUGCUGUCAGUGCAGUGUGUUGCUGUGGGAGUUGCCAGACCAUCCAACACUGGCACAAGGAACGAAAGCCCUCAGAGAAACGUGAUUACGUAACGUGCCAAGAGGCUGUCUUGCCAUGUCGUUUGAUGCUGUGUGUUUGAGGAAGCUGCUUUUGUAAGAUAUUCUUCGAAACGACGACAACAAAGCACAUUCACAGCUGACAAAACUUUGCAUUGCAUGUUUCAAGAGAGCGUCGAGCUGGCACGGAAACCAGUUUGACACAGGUGUGAAGGUGGAGAGAGGCUGUAGGCAGAGGCAUGGCCGCAGUGCAUCACCCAGGGUGCCCACUCAGGCCUUCACUUUCCUGGGAUGAAACAGAGUGCCUAAAUUACUAUGGGAUGUUGUCUCUCCAUGAGGUUUUUGAAAUAGUUGGUGGUCAGCUGACAGAGACUGACAUUGAAGUGUUGUCAUUCCUUCUGGAUGAAACCUGUCCUCCACCACAUCCUCUCGAUCCUACAGAGUGGACAGUCGAGCCCUGUGGCGAUCCAGAUGACUUGGGUGUGUCCCCGAGUCCUGAGCUGCUAAAGGCCUGGAAGCGAUUAAAGCCUCAGGGCUCGCAGCAUCCCUUAGUAGUUUCAUACAAGCACAAGAGCGGCCUUGAGCUGUUGUUGGAGCUGGAGAAGCGAGGGUACCUCAGUGAUGGCAACCUGGAGCCGCUACUGCAACUACUGAGAGUUCUCACUCGUCAUGACCUGCUGCCUUUAGUGUCCCACAAGAAAAAGAGGACAGUAUCUCCAGAGAGAACUGGUCUGCCGUGUGGAAGAGCUAACAGAAAAUUGUUGUGUGCCUCUGGAAUGCAACACAACUACAGACAAACAGAAAUACCGUAUUUUGCACAGCAAUUGAGAACUGGUAUUUACCCUCCUAUGCCUGGGCCAUCUGCUAAGAGGACGAGGAAGAAGAGAGGACAUGGCUGGAGCCGCAGGCCCAAGAAAACUAGCAGACCGAGCCCUCCGCUGCCUCCACGACCACGACCACGACCACGACAUAAAGUGUUCUGCAAUAUCCGCCUGCGUGUCCGGGCUGAAUACCUGGAGCAUGAUUCGGCACUCCGUGAGGGUGUCUCAUCGGACAAGCGUCAACCCCUGGAGCGGCAGUUUGAGUUGUUCAGCCAGGCCAACUCGCUGCUUCGUGCCAGAGACUUGGGUUCCAUUGUGUGCGACAUCAAGUUCACAGAGCUGGACAACCUCGAGGCCUUCUGGGCUGACUACCUGAGUGGAGCUCUGCUGGAGGCCCUGAAGGCAGUCUUCAUCACUGACUCCCUGAGGAUGGCAGCAGGCAGGGAGGGCGUCCGCCUGCUGAUCAGUGUGGACCAGGAUGACUACGAGGAGGGCCGAAUGCUGCUGAGAGCUCGAGGAAUGCUGUCAUCUAGUAAUGGUGGGAGCAAAAAGACUCACAGGGCUGUAUAGGCUGAUAAGACUCUUUGAGGUGUAUUAUAUUAACUUUGAAUAGAAGAGCAGGGAAUGCUAUUAAGAGUUAUGGUUACAGGGACACUUCCAAGCAUUUAUUACACCUCCUUUUGUAGUUGCAAUCCACAUAAUAUCCACUAGAUGGCAGCUCUUACCAUUGGUUGGUUGUGUUCAUUACCGGCCUUACAUUUUCAGAAUUGUAAA